AUUUUCUUCAAUUUUUUGCCUAAUUAAUUUCUGAGAUAUAUAGAAUUCUCUGAAUAAUAUUCAUUAGCCCUAAUUAUCCCAAUACAAUUCAGGAAAGAAAAUUGUAGAUGUCAAUCAAACACUACAAGAUUAUGUAAAUUCAAAGCAAAUCAAACCCCCUGUUCAUGUAUACAUUCAAACCCUCGACACACAUAUCGUUUUGGUUUUAAUACUACAUAGAGAGACAGAGAUUGUCUGAGAAAAGAGUCUUGUGAGAUUAUCCAUUUACAAACAGAGUUGGAAAUGAUGUCGCAGUCAUACAUAAAUCUUUUGGAUUUGGCAUCAGGGAAUUUCCCUACAAUGGAGGGGAAAAGAAGACGGUUCCCAAGGGUGAACACGGCUCCGGGAAAUUUGUCCGAUCUUGACGAUGACCAAGCUCGUAGUGUGUCGUCUGAUCAACCUUCCUCGAUUGCUUCCGAUCGGGUGAUCAUUGUAGCUAACCAACUUCCUGUGAAAGCAAAGAGAAGGGAGGAUAAUAAAGGUUGGACUUUCAGUUGGAAUGAGGAUUCUUUGCUAUUGCAGCUUAAGGAUGGACUGCCAGAAGACAUGGAGGUUCUAUAUGUUGGCUCGUUGAAGGUUUCCGUUGAUCCUAAAGAGCAGGAUGAUGUGUCACAGGUCUUACUGGAGAGAUUCAAAUGUGUUCCGACUUUUCUACCCCCUGACAUUCUGUCGAAAUUCUAUGAUGGUUUCUGCAAGAGGCAUUUGUGGCCACUUUUUCAUUACAUGUUGCCGUUUUCAGCUGAUCAAGGAGGCCGAUUUGAUCGGUCUUUGUGGGAAGCUUACAUAUCAGCUAAUAAGUUGUUUUUUCAAAAAGUGGUUGAGCUUAUAAACCCGGAUGAAGAUUAUAUCUGGAUUCAUGAUUACCAUUUGAUGGUGCUGCCAACUUUCCUGAGAAGGCGUUUUAAUCGAGUUAGGAUGGGCUUUUUCCUUCACAGUCCAUUUCCCUCGUCUGAGAUAUAUAGAACUCUUCCUGUAAGAGAAGAAAUACUUAAGGCUUUACUCAAUGCAGAUAUUAUCGGGUUCCACACCUUUGAUUAUGCUCGUCAUUUUCUGACUUGUUGCAGUCGGAUGUUGGGCUUGGUAUAUCAGUCAAAGAGGGGUUACUUAGGAUUGGAAUAUUAUGGAAGGAACAUCAGGAUCAAGAUUAUGCCAGUUGGGGUUCAUAUGGGUUGGAUAGAAUCGGUGAUGAAGGUGGCGGAUGACGAGAGUAGAGUGAGGGAACUUACACAACAGUUUGAAGGGAAAACAAUGUUGCUUGGUAUAGAUGAUAUGGACAUUUUUAAAGGAAUCAAUUUGAAAAUUCUAGCAAUGGAACAGAUGCUGAAGCAACAUCCAAAUUGGCAGGGAAAGGCAGUGCUGGUCCAGAUUCUAAACCCUGUGAGAGGUAAAGGGAUAGAUUUGGAGGAAAUACGAGCAGAAAUACAAGAAAGCUGCAGGAGGAUCAAUGCAGAGUUUGGUCAACCAGGCUAUGAGCCAAUAAUCAUUAUUGACAGGCCUGUUUCCAUUAACGAGAAGAUUUGCUAUUACAACAUUGCUGAGUGUGUCGUUGUGACAGCAGUUAGAGAUGGGAUGAACCUUACUCCGUAUGAAUAUGUAGUCUGCAGACAAGGAAUAUCUGGUUCUAAAUCGUGUUCAAAUUUCAGUGGUCCAAAGAAGAGCAUGUUAGUGGUGUCAGAAUUUAUUGGAUGUUCUCCAUCACUCAGUGGGGCAAUCCGUGUCAAUCCAUGGAAUGUUGAAACAACUGGGGAGGCACUGAAUGUGGCGAUUUCAGUGCUUGAUUCAGAGAAAGAACUGCGACAUGAGAAGCAUUAUCGGUAUGUUAGUACACACGAUGUGGCUUAUUGGUCGCGCAGUUUCUUGCAAGACAUGCAGAGAGCUUGUGCAGACCAUUUUAAGAGAAGAUGUUGGGGAAUUGGUUUUGGCUUUGGAUUCAGAGUUGUGGCACUUGAUCCUAAUUUCAGAAAACUUUCAAUUGAUGCUAUUGUUUCAGCCUACAGAGGGGCACAAAAUAGGGCCAUUCUGUUGGACUACGAUGGUACUGUGAUGCCCCAGAACUCAAUUGACAAGUCCCCUAGUCAGAAGGUAAUCUCAAUUAUGAACACACUUUGUGUGGACCCGAAAAACACAGUUUUCAUUGUCACUGGCCGAGGGAGGGAGUGCUUAAGCAAGUGGUUUUCUCCCUGUCAGAGGAUGGGAAUUGCGGCUGAGCAUGGUUACUUCUUAAGAUGGUCACAAAAUCAGGAAUGGGAAACCUGUCUUCAGGGUUUUGAAUUUGGCUGGAUGAAGACUGUUGAACCGGUGAUGCAAUUGUAUACGGAGGCUACUGAUGGUUCUUCUAUUGAAAGAAAGGAAAGUGCUUUGGUUUGGCAAUAUCGUGACGCAGACCCUGGUUUCGGGUCCUCCCAGGCAAAGGAGAUGUUGGAUCAUCUGGAGAGUGUCUUAGCAAAUGAACCUGUUGCUGUCAAGAACGGUCAGUUCAUUGUAGAAGUAAAGCCUCAGGGAGUUAGUAAAGGACAUGUAGCAGAGAAGAUUUUCUCAUCAAUGGCGGAAAAUGGAAAACACGCAGACUUUGUGCUUUGUAUUGGCGAUGACAGAUCCGACGAGGACAUGUUUGAGAUAUUUGGUAACUCGAUGCAGAAGAAAGUUCUGUCUCCAAAUCCUUCGGUUUUUGCUUGCACAGUUGGGCAAAAGCCUAGCAAGGCUACAUAUUAUUUGGACGAUACAGCGGAAGUGACAAACAUGCUUGAAUCUCUUUCUGAAGCGUUUGAGUCUUUGCCACCCACUGAAGAAGGAUACGAAAGCUCUCCGUGAAAGUUUCAAUCAAAUUCGAUUCGUUUCGUUUCGUUUCGUUUUGUUUCGUUUCAAUAAGAAAGUUAAUACUUUUUGAGACACAAGCAUAUAGAUUAGGCAGGAGGGCAUCUUACCAUGUUUAGGAUAUCAUGGGAUAGCGUAUGAAGUUGGUAGAUUUUCCUAUGUCUUGCAUGCUUCCCCCUUUCUUUGUAUAUAAGUUUCUCCCCAGACGGACUGUUGAUGAUAAAGUUGAAAGAAAAUAUUAUAAGUUUCUUC